AUAAAGUAAACAGAACCGUUGACCCGAUCCAUGCAACAACAUCAAAAAGUAAAAUCUCAACAAGAUCUACAAGACUGGAAAAUUAAAAAAAUACGUCUUGGUUGCAAAAUUCUAUUACUUGGUUUAAUUAAGGAAACUUUUAGUAUGUUCGGGGUAGAAAAUUUCAAAAGGUUUAAUUAAAGAGAAUUAUUAGCUAGCAAUUUUUGAAUUAUCUUAAAAUAGAGGUAUUUUUCGAGUUUAGUUAGCAUGAUUCAUUGUUUUUUCAAUGAAAAUUCGAAAUCCCUUAUCUAAUGGGAAUGUGACUGACAAUUGUGUGUAUCUUUUGCAUGGGUAAAGUGAUUGGUAAAUGUGAAAUGAUAUGUAGUACUCUCAGCAGCAGGUUGAUUCAAUUGCGUGAUGUUGGGGUGGUAUUAACAACGUCUCUGUGGAUUAGGCUAGAUUGUCUCCAUAUAAUCUAGAAAAAAUAAUUACGCUCUGAUUUCCAAAUUGUGCGUUAUUAAUUCACGUCACUUUUCUGAUGGACGACACAUCCGCUAACCUGCACCAUUCUCCGAACGAUUCGAGUAAUCACAGAAAUGCCUGUCAUCCAGCAGGUUCUCAGCUAUCAAACCCAUUUCAGGGUAUGAAUGAACUGAUCGCUAAUUUGGAUCAUGAGCUUUGGGACGUACGACUUCGAGCAUUGAAAUGCAUCAUUGGGAAGGUUGAAUGUUCUAUUGUCACGACGGACUAUCUGAGUCGACGGAUUGACCUUUUACAUCGAUUAUCAGAUUGGCUGCGAGCAACUAGCGAGGCCACUGAGGAUAAAUCGCCCAGUUCUGAUUCAAGAGGAAGACGUUGUUGGUCGGUAAACACAGCAGUUGCUGUGGAAGGAAUUUCGUAUGUUUUGAAGCUGUUGUUCUACCUUGUUGAGUACGAAAAUGUUCGACAAUUCGUUUUGGAAGAAAAGUUGGAUAGUGUUUUAGCAAAAUUAAAACCACGCUUGGAUGGGGAAAACAUACGCCUUGUGGAUACACUUUUCAGUCGAAUUAACACAUCCAGUUUUGAAUUCUUAUUGGAGGGUUCACCUGAAAUUUGGGGUGAUAAUACCUCGAACCGGUCAUUGAAAAAGAAUACAUCAACCGAGAAAUCCUACUCGUACGAAGAUAAGUUUGAUGAUAAUCGUAUUGGAGGUGGGGUCGGGGACAUUAUUUUAAUUCGAAGAUUAGACCACAAGAGCUUGGAUAAAAAUAUGUCUGAUCAUUCUGCUGCUGGAGAUAGUUAUUUUCCUAAUCAAUCCUUACAAAGUAUUCUCAACAACAAGAGUUUGGCAUCCGGAUUUCAUUUUACAAUCUCUUCAGUUUAUCUUGCUGGAACUGAUAGACGAGUGUUAGCGUCUACGGUGGAAUCUUUACUCUCAAAAAAUGAGCCGCUUAUUUUGUCAACCGCUAGUUUUUUCCGUGAUGUCCUUUUACAAGAUUAUCCACCAGAAGUUUUCAUUCAAGAGUCUGCAUUAUGUAUGGCAUUACUGGAAGUGGCUGAAUCUCCUUGGAAUGAUCCUAGAAUCGCAACAGCUGCCUCUCAAGGAUUACUGCAGUUAUCACAUUCUUUACGAGUUCGAGUAAUGCAAUUAAAUGCAAGUGAAUUUUACGAGACAAAACGCCAGGCCUUUAUCCCCAAUCAAUAUGGUGGUGCCUCAUCAGCAUAUACUUCUCAACAUCGAAUUUCUGCUCAACCCAUCAGUGAUUCAUUUGUGGGAACUUGUUGUCAACUUUUGAAGGGACUAUCUAGGACUUUGUUAUUUCAUGCCAAUGAAUUUCACCUUUGGAUGUUACUGGACAGUUUUGCAUUAACAGUAUGUAAAUACGCGUAUACGUUCCCCAUCGAUUACAAAAUGCUCUCACUGGGUUUACAAGAAGUUCUCCUAGACUUGGCUUAUUGUUACGAAAAACAUGGACAAGACAUCAAUAGCACAGUGUUGGCAAUGUGCUUUGCAUCCAUUAUGAAAACUAUUCAAGUCAACGAUGAGGUUUUUAUAUUGGCGUAUGAUAUUCGACAAUGUGUCAGAAAGCUGAGCCGAUGUCCUCUACUUUCAAACGGAUGGCCAGAAGUUCAUAAGUAUUUUGUCCAAUACUCGUCCCCAUUGGUGGACAGUCUUUCGUCUGAUCCAGAUGUACCAAAUACAAGAGGAUUUGAAGAUUCUUUCCAACUUGAACCAAAUCAAAAACAAUUCUACUUUCAACCCCAAGAAGCAAUUUCAAAAUUACUUAUUGCUAUUCAAAAUGCCACCGGACAUCAAACCGUCAUCCUAGCAAUUGACAAUCUAUGGGGAUAUAUUCUUCCAUUGGCUGUUAACCAAAGAUGGAAAAACGGUGCGAUGGAUUACAUUUGCCAAGAAGUUCCCUUUCGAGACUCGUUUUAUCGUUUUCUAUGUGUGGAACCAACAUGUGUUGAAGACGAGGAUCUCCUUAUUAGAGUCAUUAAUUUAAUUGCAUACCUAUUUGCAAAUUUAAGUACUGGAAGAGAAAAGUUGGAAGAAUGGAUUGUUCCACUGUGCAUGGAAAAUGGGAGUGCAUUUCAGAAGCUAUUGAGGACUUAUUGUUUGAAAAGUGAUAUCACCGAUGUUUUUGCUGGAACCGUGUUACCAGAUACUUUAAGGUCUCUUUUUGAUUUUCUGUUUGUGAUUUUAAAAAAGACGGAGCCGAAUCCCUCAUAUGCGGAAUAUAAAUGGAAUAUAUUUCACACGCUAUGUCUAAUCCUUCAUAAACUUGGAGACCUGGGAUUUUCGUUUUCCGUUGUACUUCAGCCGAUUUUGAGAGGAAUCGCAUCAUUGUCUUGUGUAAAUGACGUAACAGCUCAACUUGCUCAAAAUCCCAAAUUUUGCGUUGCUUUGAUUCUACGACUUACUGAGUUCAUAAUUUUCCUGCAAGAACAAAGUAGCGGCUUAUCGAGUGAAAGUUUCCGGAACCAAGGAGCUCUUUAUUACUCCAGUCUGUCACUUUAUCAUGUUUUGCUAAUCAGCUUUGAGAUUGAAGCUCCUCCAAACUCUGAUUGGAUUGGUCCUUGUUGUGCUGUGAUUCCAUGUUUAUGGGAUAGCCGGACUUCUAAAGUUAGAACUUUGGGAUAUCAGAUAUCUGAGGUGAUCAGUAGGCGGAUUCAAGGAAUAGUUGCUUUGAUGACUGUAUCGGAAUCUCCGGAUAGAAUUUGGACAAGUUGCUACAAUGCGUUGAUUAAUUUCGAAGAACCAGCCAUUGUCAAGCUCCAUGCAGCACAUACCCUGUAUAACCUACUCCUCCUCUGGGACGAUAUUGAAAGAUCGACAGAAAUUGGAAAGUCGUUACAGCUACCAACAACCUGGUCAGUAUUGGACGAAUUUACGAAAUUGCUGUCUCAUGUGUACUGGUUGCCAACCCUUUCGGAAGUGUUUGGCAACAAGGCCGUGGAAGACAGUACAAUGACGGACGAAGGUAUAUACAAGGACAACUCCAACCCUCAACUGAUUACACCCAAAGUCCUGACAGUGCUGUGCAAAAUUGUAAUCAAGAUGAAGACUUCAUUACUUCCUCCGUUUCAUCCGGAACCGUUUUCAGGAAUAAUUUGCUCCAGUGGUUUGUGUGCCAUGUUGUUUCGUCUCGUAGGUACGAAUUCAAUGUCACAGAUUCUUGAAGCAUCAUGGUGGAUUGACUCAUGCUCGGCUCUUUCAUCUGUGCUGGAGUCCCUAAUAUCUCUCUGCGAAAUUGACCGUGGAAUUUCAUUGAUCUUGAUUGGCGAUAAACACAGUAUGAUUUCCUUAAUUCAAUUGUUAGCCCUUCAACCUCCAUCAGGAUGUAAACUUAAUCUUGCCGACGAGACACUUUCUACUCUCUGGGUCAAUGUAUUUACACUCUUGACCAUAUUGUGCACCGAUUCUGGAAACAAUUUUGAGGACUUUGAAAGAUGUAUUUCGAACCAAAGAAAUAUUAUUUUUGUUAGAUUAACCGAGUGGCUAAAGUCUGACGCAUUGGCAGUAUGCCGAAAAAUGGCAUUGACAUUUUUACAUGAGAUCCUUAGCAAACUUCAAUUCAAGCAAGAAGAAAAGGAGGCGGAUAAUUUUCAAGCCGGUGGUCAUCCAAUUUUAUGUCGUGUGUGGAAUGAAAAAAACAUGACAUAUGGAAGUUCACUUGUGGAUCGCCUUGUAUCAAUUUAUGAAGAAUCCAGCACCCAUGAAGAAAAAUUGAUCAUUCUACGGACAUUUAAUGCCCUGAUAAAUAUCUCUGAGUCAGCCAAAAUCACUGCAACUCAACGCGGCGUAGUCAACAUACUUAUAUUAAAGUUAAAAUAUUUUGCACAUAAAUAUCACAAUGUCUCGGAAACUUUUCAUCAAAUGAAGAAAUUUCAGGGAAAUUAUCAGUGGCUAGAUGAAACAGCGACAAUUUUGUCAGUAAUAUCUUCACUCGUAUACAAAAAUCCAGAUGGAAAAAAAUCUGCAUUGUCAAAUGAAGUGGUUGAUACGUUCCAUAAGAUCUUUAAGUGGUGGAAGGCAUACCCUGAUAGAACGUUGUUACAUGGAUUUGUAGAAACAUUAUUGAAUUUUACAGAAGAAUUUCCACCAGGAUGCCAAGCUUUAACAUUUACGACCAACGUCUUGGGGGUUGGCCCUAGGAAGGCUCCAUCUGGUCAAUCCAUUUUAUCCGAAAUUUUUGAAAUUUUACAAGCGGAAUUGAAUUUAGCAGAAUCAUGCAAUCUUAAAACUGUUGAACUUUUGUUUGAGUUCCUUAAAAAUGCAAGUUUCGUAAUGGAAUGUCGAACCAUGUUGACUAAGAGCACCAUAAUUUUAUUUUUAAUUAACCUGCAUACCAGCGAAAUUAAAAAAUGGAGUCCGAAACAGCAUCGAGUAAAACUAUUGUACUUGGAAUUUCUUUUACAUUUAUCAAUUCAUCCAGAUAUGCAAACGGCUAUUGCGAAGGUACCUGAAGCAAUCGACAUAUUUGUGCUUCUUGUUGAUCAAGGAGACGACAUGACGUCCGUACUUGCGUUGCAAGUACUACGAAAUUUGAGCUUCCAGGCCAUGAAUAGAACUCGACUACUGUGUGAAGAUGCUGUUAUGCCAUGUUUGUCUUCAAAACUAAGUGAGAGUGACCAUCCAAAAGAAAUGGAAUGUGCAGCAGUUGCAGUGUGGGCUUUGAUAGCAAAUUCAGAAAAGGGCAAAUUAUCAGCUAAGAAAUCUUUAUGUCCAAUAGCUGUUCAGAAAACUAUUACGCGACUUAGAAAACUCGAGCAAUCUUCGAAUGAUCUUCUUACCAAGAAACAAGAUCUUUCCAAUCUUAUCAAUAUUUUAACGAACAUAUCUAACCUAUUGGGAUCUUCACCUUCCACGUAAAAAACUUGCUAAUUAUUCAUCAUGUCAACAAAUUUAUUUUUAUAUGUUUUAUAUUUGAAUUUGUACAUAAUUUGUACCACCAACCAUAAAUUAAAUAAAGUAAUGAAAACAUGCAAUAA